ACCUCCCGCGAGCUCCCGCCCGCCCGGCCCUAAUCAUGUGAUAGACGCUCAAUUCACUCAGGACACUUUAAACACUUGGACAAGAAGUUGUUUCGUAACUCUUGGGGAAGUUUUUUCGGCGUCAGUCUAAAUGCAAGUGUGUCAUUUGGAUGUGUUUCAUGCCAUCGUGAUCCGGGUUUGUUGCUGUCGUUUGCGGUCCUUCAUAACGGCGCACUUUUAAACUUGAGGAAUAUUUACUGACAAAAUUCCAGCGGCGGCAGCCAUGCUCAGGUGUGACCCAAUAAAGCCAGACAUGUCGUUGACUUACCCAGCAUAUUUGAUUAAACCUGGACCUGAGGCAUUCGGAGUCGUGUUGUCACCUUCCAUGGUCCCUACUUCCACAGCUCACCUAUACUCUCAUCACUACCACCAAGCACACUACUCCUACAUGAGCCCACCUCACACACACCCUUUGUCCCAGGAUGUCCAUCACUCCCAGAGCGAGCCUGUCGACUUAUCCGUCAGCAAAAGAUCCUCCGUUUCGUCACCUUCAUCGUCUCUGGCAUCGUCAUCUCCCAGAGCCACUCCCCCAUCCCCUUAUGAGAGCUGCAGUCCGGUGUCACGUACUCGCCCCGGCUCUGGCUCGGGCUCUUUAACAGGAAGCACUUCCGGGUCUCAGACAAGGCAGUUGACCCCACCUCUGGCACUUCCCAUGUCUCCGGUUUUGACACCUAUUGUUCCAGUACUUUCUAUGCUGCAGACGUUACCUGUGCUCUACCCUCCCCCGCUACACCUGUCUCCCUCCAUCAUGAUAUCACCCGUCACACCUGAGGAUCCUGCUAACCACAAACAGUUCUCUAUAAUGAAGUCAGAGAAUCCCCCAGACAAUUAUGAGCUCCUGAAGCCAAUCAAAUCUGAGCCCCACCCUGAACCUGAACAAGCUCAGCCCCUGGUGGUUAAAGCAAGAGUUGCACUUCAAACACUCAUGUUUCUUUUUGUUUAUAACAGGGCAAACACACAUUCAGUGAUUGUACGUCGAAAGGUGGAGUCUCCAGAUCCACUGAAGAAGCGUCGAAUUCAUCGCUGUGACUUCAAUGGCUGCAAUAAAGUCUAUACCAAAAGCUCCCACCUGAAAGCUCAUAGACGCACACAUACAGGUGAAAAGCCUUACAAGUGCAUGUGGGAAGGCUGUACGUGGAAGUUUGCCCGCUCUGAUGAGCUGACGCGUCACUUUCGGAAGCACACAGGUGUAAAGCCGUUCCAGUGCCCUGACUGUGAUCGCACCUUUUCUCGCUCCGACCACCUCGCCCUGCACAAAAAGCGCCACCUGCUGGUGUGAGCUCAAGACUGCAAACGGUUAACGGAGCAGAAACUGUACCUUCGAUUAAGCCGUUGCUCAACGGGAGCUUCAUCUUCAGUAAUGCCAAAGGCUGUUUUGUCUUUCCCGUCCCCUGCCUGUUCAGGAAACGAUGCGUAUGAAAAGAAAGAGUGGAGUUGAUGAAUCAUACGAUAACUCAUACUUCAUGAAAUACAUUAUUGUCCAAGUGGAUUUUGUCACCCUCACCAUGGAUAUGGAGUAGCGCUGUGGAAAUCGAAAUCAAAUGCCAUUCAAAUUCAAAGCAAUAGGCACCUUUAAGGCUUUAUCUUGAUACCAAGCACUCUCUCUCUCUCCCUUGUCUUUUUAUACACGUGUCUUUUGCCCUCUGCAGGUCAGAGAGCCCUUGUGCCACUUGCAGCACUACACAAACAAGCAAAAUACAUUUACAAUAAGCCAGUAGCCAGUCACACACAUAUACACAAACACAACUUGGACAGUUUUAACAUUGUUUUAAGAUGCAAAUCGGGUCAAACCUGCACAAUGUGAAUUUUUUUCUUUUUGUAUAUUAUUCGAAAAAAAAUUGAAUGUGUAUACGCAGAUCUUGUAUAUGUAUUCAGCAUGUUUGUUUCAUGUUCCAGUGUAAGGACCAAAGCUGAUUGUCUUACACCCUCAUAUAUUUUCUGAGAUUGUUUGAUUGGGUCAGUCGUUAAGGUCCAUCCACACCAAGAACGAUUAUUAUAAGCAUGCAUUAGCAUGCAACUUUAAACGCUCAAGAUCUUUAAAGAAGAAUGGAUUCUGUCUGGCUGUCAGUGUUUUGAAAGCAACCCCAAUGAGAUUGUAUUCUUUUGGGUUUAGAACUAUUUUUAAACUCUAUAUGUUUAUUAUAGUUAUCGUCCUAGGUGUGAAUCGGCCUUUAUACUUUGACUCUUAAGAGUUAAGUUUAAAAAAAAAAAGUUUUUGGUUUCAAAAGUCGCUUCUGAGCACCCGACCUAUUAUUUACCUGGUAAAACAGUGGCUUGUUUUAUUAAUUGUAAUCAUGAAUUAAUACUGUAGUUUAUUGCCGUAAGUACUAUGUACUGUGUAAGUUCUUGCAACUAUGCACAUGCACAAUUUACGAUUUAAUAAUGACAUUUUAGUAACGAUUUUGCCCUACUUUUUAAAAUACAGGUAGAAAGUGUGAGAGGUCAAAACGGUGUCUUGAAUGCUGAUAGGCUGGUCUGAGAAUUGAACAAUUGAUCAUCCAACACAUACACGUUAGUUGCAAGGACUUAUAGAAAGCUUAAUUUUGCUUAAUCUCAGCAUUAUUCAUAUUUGAAUAAUUUCUGUAAUCAUGAAUAUUCGUAUAAUCCUAAAUGUUUUUUGUUGUGUCUUGUUGUAUGUUAUCAAAUCCAGUGUCUGAGGCUCAAAAGGGUAUAAUGUUAUUUCACUGAGGGGUGUUUAGGUUGAGAAAUGUGAUAAAUGUGAACCAUUCAAUAAGGGGCAUUAUUUUAUUAGAGUGAGUUCAUCUAGGUUAUGGGUAACAUUGUCUUACUGCUAACACUUUGUUUGUGAGAUAUUUGUUAAGCGUGUGAUAUAAUCAUGGAUAUAUGCAGGGACGAGUGUACUCUUGUUUUUCUGUUUGUAGGUUUUGCAAAUCAUUUUUACGUGAACAAAUGUUGGGCAAUGUGUUAACGGAAACAGUGCACUUUAAACUAGAUUUAAAAUGGCAAAUAUCUGUAAAUGGGAGUCCAUGGAUAGCUUUAAGCUUUGGGCUGUGUCUCCGUAAUUUUCUCUUUCUUAUACAGCUUGUAACAAGACCGGUUUCUGUUUUUCUUUUCUCAACUGAAGGACAAUUUUAAAGAACAUUUUGAAGGAGGAAAAGAGCAUGAGAAUGGAAAAAGUCCUUAAUGAAAUGAUUGAGAUGAGUCAAACAAAAAAUUACAGAGAUAAAGGAUGAAGCAUUUGUUCCUUGGUCUGAUGUAUAAACCACAGCUAA